UUGGGGAUCUAUUUAAAAAAAAAAAAAAACAGAAACGAAAUACGAUGUUUUUAAUUUAGUUAAGUGGACUAGGGCCCACAGUUUCAUAAGCGGGGUACGUGCCCCAGUGUAACGCUGCCACUGUUCUCCAUAAGUAGUUUGGCGGAGUCAAUAUUUCAUAGUGCAUUACUGGCCUAGAAAAAUAAUGUUUUCAGAUUUAUGUUAUGGUGUCUGAUUUUCUGUAGCACUUUUUGUGGUCACUUACGAGAGGAGAAGAAAGGGGUUAAAGAAGAGGCGCUGCAGGUUGCCUGGAGUUAAUUCUGGAGAAGAGAAAUUAGAGAAUGAAGAAAACUGGAGAGACUUGCCAAAUGUAAACUUUGGAAUCCAGGAUUUGUCUACACAAUAGAAGAGCUGUGGAAAUCCUAGAGAACUUCAUUGCUAAGCAGAAUACCGUCUACCAGUUGGACAGCUUUAACUGGCUCCUCUGACAGUGAUGAUGAAACUCACGAGGAAGUAAAAAGUGAAGAGAGUGACCUUGAUGAGAAGGUAGAAAUGAAGGAAGAACUAGAAGUUCAUUGCAGAAGGGUGGAGAUGGAUGAAAAAGCAGUUAACAUAGAAAUUCCAGAGAUUUUGAAAAAGAAAUUAGAAGAGGACUGCUAUUACAUUAACAAAAGAAAAAAGCUGGUCAAGCUGCCAUGCCAUACCAACAUCAUAACUGUUUUAGAAUCCUACGUAAAGCAUUUUGCUAUAAACGCAGCAUUUUCAGCUAAUGAAAGGUCUCGGCAUCCUCACACAACUCCUCAGAAUAUCAAUCCACAUUACAUCCCUCCAGAAAAAAAUGUUGAAUUGUGUAAGGAAAUGGUGGAUGGUUUAAGGAUAACCUUUGAUUUCACACUUCCUUUAAUUUUGCUCUAUCCAUAUGAGCAUACACAGUAUAAGAAGAUGUCUUCGUCUAAGUUUUUUCUACCAAUAAGAGACAAUUCUUCUUGUUCCAGCAGAACUCAAGAGGAAUUGUCCCCGAGUCCUCCUCUGUUAAAUCCUCCCACCCCACAGUCUACAGACAGCCAGUCUGCAACAGGAGAGCCUGCAACUCCAAAAAAACGCAAGACUGAUUGUGAAGGUUUGCUGUCACUCAGAAGGUCCACACGACAUGCAUCAAGUUGUGAUAGACUGUCAGAGAGCAGUGCAUCACCACAGCCUAAACGACGCCAUACAGAAACAUCUUCACAGAUGCCAAAACUGUUUCUGCAUCUAGAUAAAAAAACACCUGUUCACAGUGGUUCUUCAUCUCCCAUCACUUUAACACCAAGUAAAGAUGGCAGCUCGGUAUUUGCUGGUUUCGAAGGUAGAAGAAACAAUGAACUAAAUGAGGUAUUUUCCUGGAAGCUGAUGCCAGAAAACUUUCUUCAGAGUGAUCAGAUCCCUCCUCCAUCAUAUGUAUAUGGAGCUCAGCAUCUUCUUCGAUUAUUUGUGAAACUGCCAGAGAUUCUUGGGAAAAUGCACAUUCCCGACAGGAAUAUAAAGGUCUUGGUUAAACAUCUUGAGCUAUUUUUGAAGUUUUUGGCUGAAUACCAUGAGGACUUUUUCCCAGAAUCUGCAUAUGUAGCAGCAUGUGAUGCAUCCUACACUACAAAACACCCAAGACCCAUCUAUUAAGAUAGUGGUGAAUGCUAGAAACAUUUUUUGUGGCUAGAAGUACUGCAAAUUUUGCUCCUUGACCUUGCUUUGUAUGGUCAAGUGACAUUCUUUGGUCAGCAGAGUGGCUCUUUGUGUGUGAAAGCUGGACAAGUUACACUUGAUUCAUUUCUGGAAAUGGACCGCAUGUAGUUUCAGUACUGUGUUCUACUUUCAGGAUUGAAAUCUGUCUAGUUUCUUUUGCUGAACAAUUUACUGCAAUGCAUCUUGGUUUGUCAUGACAUUUAAGUGGAAUAAGCUUGAAUGGUAUUAGAAUACUCAUAAUUCAACAUUUCUUUUUAUGUUCAGCAAUGACACGUGUACAUUUGUGAAUUAAUGAAAUGUUGCAAAGAGGUUCCUUUUAUCAGGUCUGGAACUUCCCAAUUUUUGCUGCAGAGAUAUUUCUUUUUGAAACUGUUACUGUUUGUUCAGUAUGUUCUAUGGAAAUUCCUGGAAAAUAGUACUGUAUAUGUUUUGUAUAAUAUGUUAAUAUAGUCUUGGAUGUAACAUAAAGUUGUAGUGGAUAGUGGUGUAAUUUUAUUUCAAUUUUUCAUACUUACAUUUGCUUACUAAACUUCUUGUUGGUUUAUUUAU